UCCAGCCCUCUGCCAUGAAAAUCCUUCCUUUUCUCCUUGUUCUCCUCUUGGUGGCAUUUCACGGAGCUGCAGGUAGAAGCUUGGCAAGACCCAGGGGACCUUCCAUGGAGUGUGGAUAUCGUGGGACCUUCUGCCACAGGGGGAAAUGCCCUCGUGGCAAUGAUUUCCUGGGGACCUGUCGUCCUGGCUUUAAUUGCUGUAAGUGGUAA